GGUCUCGAACUGUGUUUUGAUCAACCAGUUGAUUCCGAACUCCUGAGAUUUGUCAACACUGAGGUUGCUGAACUUUACGAAUCUGUAAAAUUGUGGAAAGAAGAUGUAGAGAAUAGCCAGGUAUACUAACGGUCUAAUCCAUAAUGCACACGGCUGCCUUAAGCCAGGGGGGGGGGGAGGUUGCUGCGGCGUGCCGAUUCCUUCAAGAUAUCGACAUUUUUAAUAUUCUGAACAUUUGCCUGAUUUUGGCCGGAGCAUUGCUGUUUUGCCAAAAUCAUAUAGGAAAUGACCAAACUGUGAUUUUUCUUUGUCAAAGUUAUAGUUUACUUUUUCAAACUAAAUAAAGUCUAUAACUGAGGGCGGUAAAGGGGGAGGGUAUUGGUGACAGUUCAUUUAAAAUAUUAAUGGUAAUUUCACAAUUCACGAAUAGAAAUCUUCCGCUGUUACUUAACUAUUUAUUUUGAUCAUCACGCUAAAUGGAGUAGUUUACCCAUAGAAAUUGUACAGUUUAACCAGGAGUUUAACAAAUACCAUACGGCGUAAUUAAUAAUACGACGAUGUAUUUGUCGAAACAUAAUUUUCAUUUUUGUUAUUCAAAACCAGUCUUUUUCGUUAGGCUCCGUUUACAUGAGACCAGAACGAAGUCGAACUGGAACCAUUCCGUUUCGGUCACAGUGUCAUUUAUAUUAGAUGUUUACAUGAGACCGGGACGAAAAUAACUCAGACCGAUCUCAUGUCAUUCUACCUGCUGAACCGAACCGACAGACUUCAGACCGCCAUUAAUUUAGACCAGGAUGAAUGUAAACACAAAUACAUUUCAGACUGGUCUCGAUUGUAACCUUGACAUUGGAACAACACAUGCUAAGAAAAGUCAUGUAAAAAAGAAAAUUGCUUAGCAAGGGGAAUAAAUUGAAAAUUUUCGUACCGGUCUCAUGCUGUGGCGUAGCCACGGGGGUUUUUUGGGGGGGAAAGAGUCCCCCCACACUCUCCUCCAGAACCACCUUCGAGAUAUGUUUAAAUCCGUUGAGAAACUGGGGUGGGUGGGGGUGGGGUAACACUGGUCCGAUUUCAUGUCCAGCUUAUUAUUCGCAGGCAUUCUUGACCGAAUUAUGAUGAUAUAAUCUUCUGAAUUUUUUAAAAUCUCACCCCAGAAUGCACGAAAUGGCGUUUCAGAGGCUUUGAAUUUCAAACUUGUCCCGGAGGAGCAUGCCCCCGGACCCGUCUACAGUGUCCGCGCCUUCGGCGCUCAACUUUUCCCUACCCCCACUUUGUAAACCCUGGCUACGCCACCGGUCUCAUGUAAACGUGUUGACAAUUUCAAUUUUCAUUCCGGUUUGACUUCGUCCCAGUCUCAUGCAAACGGGGCCUUAGAAAAACAGUGUUAUCUUCUGUAAACAUUUUUCAUGCAAAGUUUCCAUGCGAACUUCGCAUUAUUGCUGUGCGACAAGGUGAGGGGGAUGAGACAUCAUAUGGAGCUUCCGUAGCGCGAUUGUCAGAGCAAGCAUUUUUACUUCUGAUAUUGUGAGAUUAAUUCUCACUGCGGACGCAUGACCGUUAAUAUGUGGAAAAUAGUUAGCCAAUGCUCUAGCGAUAGUCGUGGGCUUUCUCCAGGUAAUCGCGGAUUUUCCCCCACAGAAAAUGUUGGAAUGUUGACAGGGUGGACUGUGCUCCGUCAUCAGUCAUACAUGAGUAAUGAGGUAUCUGCCAGGCCAGAAAUGCCCUUAACCCUUAUUUAAACUAAUUUUCCACUAGGCGAAUUUGGUCGCGCAAAGCGACGUUUUCCUUUGAUGGCAUUCGUUUGCUGACGUCAUAAGCGUUGCCGACAAAGGAAAAAGUCACUUCGCGCGAAUAUAUUCGCUUAGUGGAAAACGGGCUUUAGAAAGCCUUUAGAAAUGCACACCCAUACUGAUUUGGAACAUUAUAUUUAGCUAUGAUGAAAAAUAUACUUUCAUUGCUAGUAAAUUUAAUCAAAAUAAGCAACGGUUUCCGUCUAUUCUCUCAGGACUGAUCUUUUUUGCUAAAAAGCAUUAUAAUAGGUUUCUUGUGAUGCUGAUGUUCUUUGCAAAACUAUUGUUUAUAUUUAUAGCCUGCGUAGCAGGCGGUAUUGGCGGAGACAAGAGAACGGGUAGCUUGAAAUACCGCCUGCCCAAAAACUACAUAUUCUGAGUUCCACCCACCGAACGCAUGGGUUCCGCCCAUUUUAAUGUGUUUGUUAAACUCGUUCACGUAUUAAUUGCACUAGUGCAAAUAGACGACUUUGACGUUUCAUAUAUUCGGUUCAUUGAAUGCUAUGAAGACAUUCAAGAAUACCACGUUCGAUUCAGUGUAACAAUAUGUCCUCAUUCAUAGCGAUAGUAUUAGUCGAUAUCAACAUUAUAGCGAUUUAUGAGCUUUGAAAGUCAAGCGAGUUCGUAUAUUAUCAAAUUACGCAAUUGUCUGAACAAAAAUAUAGACUAGCCAUACCUUUCGUCGAACAUAACUUCGGCCCCUUCGGACGUAUCUUCUUUGUACGUAAUAGUCUUGUUCGAAUCGCUAUCAAAAACACUACUUAGAGCGUGCAUCUUUAAAUGCGUCUUUUAUUACGGUAUUUCUAUUUCUAUCACGGUAUUUCCACUUCUGUCACAUCUCUAUCAAGCAAAAAAUGUUGGAUUGAUAUUCUUUGUUCAUUUUUGAAGACGAUGGGAUUACCGAUUCCAGAUAAAGAAUCGAAUUCAAUGCUUUCUCAUUAAUACAUUCCUUAAUUUUAUCGUUAGUGUAUGCCCGUCACUCGAUGGAUCGGUAUCAAUUACGAAAAUAACAAUAGUUAAUACGACAACAUUAACUUCUAAAAUUAGCACUAAUUAUUCUAAUUCUUUAACUCCUGUCAAUCAAAAAUUCAAAAUCAACAUUCUGACCAAUCAGAAUGUUCUGUCACCUAGCUGCCGGAGAAUUCAGAAUGUGUAGUUUUUGGGCAGGCGGUAUUUCAAGCUGUCCGUACUCCCGUGCCCGCGAAUGCCGCCUGCUACGCAGGCUACUAUAUUUAUUAUACCCUCAUCAGAAGUGGCAAUGUGCCAUUAGUCAGCCUGAGCAACAACCAUUAGUUCAAAGUUCCACAACUCCAACAACAUGUUGCAACAUACAGUCAAUAAUUAUAAGAACAAAAGUAUAUUGGCACGCAUACGUGCAUGUAUAUAGUCGUAUAUGUGCAUGUACUAUUUUUAACGUACACAUUCCAUGGGAAUUAAAUUAAUUAACAAUAAAAUUUAGAAAAAGAGCAGUAUUCUUCUUACAAGUACAGUGUAAAUGUCGUGUUAUUUGAUGGUUCGUGAAAAGAUAUACUGAAACUCUUGACAAAUUAGAUAAACUAUAGUUGAAAUAUAUAUUUUUACUUUUUUCACAGGUAUGUGUACAGAGUAAACUUUUAAACGCCCUGGAAACUAUCGAGAAAUCUUUGAAACAGGAAAUCCAAGAUUUGAAGAAAAGACAACUCCGUACUGAACAAGAUGUCGAGCAAUUAAAACUUCGACAGCUCACAUUGUAUGAAAACGUCGCAAGAAAAACCGAAGAAGAACCACGAUAUAUUUUCAUGGCGCCAAAGCAAACCAAGUGGUUCAGCGGCCGAGAAUCCGAAUUGGAUUUGCUUCGAGAUAUUCUAAUGAAUGACAAUGGGAAUAGUGAAGAGAAAGUAAUCAUAGCAGCCGUAUCAGGCCUAGGAGGAAACGGGAAAACAAGUCUUACUGCAGAAUAUAUACACAAAUGGAAGGAUUAUUACGAAGGAGGUGUCUAUUGGUUUUCUGGGGAAGACGAUGUCAAGUUGAAAUCCACCGUUGAUGAUAUAGCUGCGCAAUUCAACACCCUUCAUGAAAAUUCACUUGAGGCUACAUUGUCCAAAACUUUAGCACUAAUUUCGCGCAUUACAAAACCAUGGUUGAUGAUCAUAGAUGAUAUGGAUGAGUUUAGUCUUUCACAAAAUUUACUGAAAUUGGUAUCGGGAUCGUGGCAAGCAAACGCCUGCUUCGGUCAUCUCAUCAUAACAACACGAAGAACGUCACAGGAGUUAAAAGAACAUAUAUCUGAUUUCAAAGAAUCCAGGUGCCUCAACCUUGAAUGCUUUGGUUUAGAGGAAGCGAAGACUUUCGUUUUUAAAAGGACUGAGACUGUUCGCGAUGAACAAACAGGUUAGCUUACAUUUUUUUGUAUUCAAUUAAUUCAGUAGAAAAGAAUGGACACAUUUUUAGUGCAGUAUUGUGAUGAUGGCAGAAUUCAAAUAACCGAAUCAUAUAUUCACGGGGUCCACUAGGC